UGUUGCUAAGCAACGAAUACGCUACAAAACUCAACUGCAUCAAACAGCAGCAUUCUCUUUCCCUGGCUCGCUAAACUGCACUUUAUUAAAGAAUAUUACUUUUUUUUAUUUUUUGUCCACAGCCUUCGUUCUUCAGGUCAGUCAUGCCUGUUCCGGACACGUUCUACUGUGCCCAGCAGAUCAACAUCCCUCCCAAGCUGCCAGACAUCCUCAAAGACUUCACGAAGGCAGCCAUCCGAACCCAGCCGAAGGAUCUGCUGCAGUGGUGUUCGGCAUACUUCAACGCGCUGGCCAAAGGAGAGUGUCUGCCGGUGAAGGAGAGGCUGGAGAUGAAUGUUGCCACCCAGAAGACCGACACAGGAUUGACUCCAGGCCUGCUGAAGAUCCUCCAUAAGCAACUGUCUCCAAGGCCAGCGUGCAGCAAAGAGGAGCUGCAGAUGAAAUGGAAGGGUCUCUGUCUUCCCGUGGCUCAACUGGAGACCCUGCUGUCGCUGGGCAGCUUUGAUUCAGAAGUCGCCUGGAUGGAGUUUUUUGCCCUGGGCUGCAGUGCUCUUGGAGGGACUCUCAUGAGCUCCCUGAAACACGCCUGUGAGAUUCUGACAAACGACGAGGAGGGCGGCCCCGCCAGGAUCCCGUUCGACACCUUCGCCCAGCUCUACGCCUACCUGGCUCGCCUAGAUGGGGACGUGCGGCAGGACCACAUCGACAACUUCCUCAACAGCCUGCAGCCACAAGUGGCGAUCCAGGAUGGGAUGAUAAAACCUGUGAACUUUAUCCACAUGGACGACAUGGAUUCAACUCCAUCUAGCUCCUCCGUUUUCUCCAGAACAACCCCAGCAGCUGAACAGGACUAAACUCGGCACACCUGAUGCUAGGAGUCCGGUUUAUGUUUGAGACUCGGCCUGCUGUUGUUAUAUUAUUAUUUUUCUAAAGUCACUAUGAUCUGACACCACUUUAGACAUGUGAGCACUGUAUACACGAGAACUGCACAUCAGCUCUACUAUCCGCUGACUGCCAAGGUCAAUGUUGGCCUAUUUGCUGUGCGGGAUAAUGAAUAGGAUAUGGCUGUCUUGGAGUUCAGUUAUAGUUCGACUUUCCUACCACACCUGCCCAUCAUGACAGAAACCC